AUGCCUUACCGUUGUCGAUGGUCAGAUUGUAAUAGAACAGACUGUUUUUCUCUUCGAUCUAACCUCAAAAUACACCUUAUAACGCAUACUGGAGAAAAGCCUUUUGUUUGCGAUUAUGUUAAUCAAGAUGGUGUUCGUUGUGAGAAGAAUUAUGCUUAUAAUAAAGAUUUUGAAGCACAUAAACGCUCCCAUACAGGAGAAAUAAUUAUAUUUCCCUGUGCUCGCCCUCCUUGCAAAAAAGUAAAUAAUUGUAUUAUUGAAAAUAAGGGGGUGUGGUGA